GAACCUCCGCCAAGAAACGAGGCCGUGGAGGAUUUCGAUCCCCUUCUUCUACUCUCUGUCUUCCAUGUUCGAGAAAGCAGUGAGAGCAGCGGCAACCUUCGACCGACGACUGCUCGACCGACGACGGUUUUAUAAAGCCGGAGGAGAUGAAUUAUUGUCGCUUUCUGUCAAGAACAGCUGAUGGUGACUUGUUGCGGCUCUGCCACCAGCCCUGGAUAGUCAGAACUUUCUCUACAGACAUCACUUCUGGUACAGAAAACAAUGACAGCAAUCGUAACAACUCUUUUGAGUCUGCUGAUGAUUUUGAGCGACGGAUAUUUGGUGGCUUUUCAGAAAGUGGUCCAAAUACUACUGAUUCAUUUUAUCAAAAGCUUGAUAGAUUUGAGAAAGCUCGUGGACGACCUGGUUUUGGUUCUAGGCAGAAUGCUGGAAAUGGUUCCCAACUAUUGGAUGGCCUGGAUGAGAGUUUCAAUACAUUGUCUGAUGGGAUGGAUGGAAAGCUGAAGAAAGCUGCAACAUAUUUUGAGUAUGAUACUGAGGAGAUAGCUAAGGAGGACUAUUCAUUCAGACCAGAUGUGACCUUUCGACCUGGGAUGACAUAUACCCCAAAGGAUCUAGAUCUUACAAAGCCAGGUGUACGUAAACCCUUUAAAAGACCUGAGUUUGAAGUAACAACUGAGGAAGUUCUCAGAAAAGCUGAUUUUCGGAAAUCUGGUGGGUUGCUCAAAUUAUCACGCAUGCAUUCUUUGUCAAAGAGAUGAAGUUUACUGCACUAAUGUUAAACACGUAAAGAGAGUUAAGUCAUCCUUAAUGAAACCUUCUUCUGUGCUCUGUUUUUCAAGUAAUUGAUUGACCUGAACUAACUCAAUUGUUGCCUUAAUAUAUGGGCCAUAUAUAGCACCCUGCUUGAUGCUUCACAUCCUUAGAUGAUUUAUUUAUGAAGUGUUCCGGCCAUUAACCUUGUUCUCUUGGAUUUGCAUGUUACCCCUGGAUUGAAAGCUAGAAUGUUCUGGUAGUGAACUUGGCUUAUCCUGCAUCCAAGAUGCCCGACCAUUUAAAUGGUCUGAAUCGGUUGAUGUCUCAACAGUGUAUUGUGGGCAUCAUGCAGAGUUUGAAUUUCACUUUAUCUCAUUGAGUUUCAUAUCAUCUAUUUGGUGUAGGAGUGGUAUGCAAACUUGCAUGUAAUCACAAUCAGGACUUUCAAACUAACUUGAUUUAAUUGAAGAGAGAAAUCACGGAAAGGGCAAGUGAGAACAUGAAAAGAAUUCAAGAUGUAAUAUAGCCUGACAAUCUUAGAGCAAACUGUUGAGAAGUGUAUUUAAGUAGGGUAGAUACGCAAUGUCAAGUGAAGAAUGAACCAUGUUUAAAUAUUGCAUGGAGGUGAGCUUUUAUUUUUCUGUUGGAUGUGCUUGUAAUGGCUUUACCGUAUGAAUCAAAUAUUGGGUUGAAAGGGAGCACAAAUUUUAUUAUGGAGUAUUUAAUUAUAGUCAUAAGUUUUUUUUUUUUUUUUUUGGGUGAAUAAGACAUUCGUUGUCAAGGAAAAGAGAGGGAGGGGGGCAAUAUAAAGCCCCUAGUGGCAAGAAGAAAACAACACAACCUACGAAAGGAUGCCCAAUAGGGGAGUGGGGAGGGGGAUUUAAAAUAGAAGAAGGUAAACCCCAAGAAGGUACAUAAGGUUGUUUCUAGGGGAGUUUGGAACCGAAAGGGCCUGAAUGCGAGAAAGCUUGGUGGAGACUUCAAAGUAGAUGGCAUUCCAACUCUUGUUAAAAGACCUGGAGUUGGAAGUCCAUCUACAACAAUGUCGCUCCAUCCAGAUGGGGUUAAUAGAUGCCCUGAGGCAAGUUUUCCAGUAGUGUCACAAAUGGUCUUACUUGUAAAAGUCAUGUCGAUCCAAAUCCGUUCUUUAGAGAGGAGAAGGGGGGAUCUCUUUGAAGGCUAACAAUGAGAGAGGACUUUUUUCCAGAUAGAGGAGGAAAAUGGGCACUCAAAGAAGAGGUGGUUAAUAUCUUCAUAACCGUUCCAACAAAGGUAGCAAGCAGGGGAGACAAGAAUAUGACAAUGUAUGAGAAAAGCUUGGGUUGGGAGGCAGCUAGAAAGGGCUCUCCAAAGUGAAGCUAUGGUGAGGACUGUGGAAUCUAAACCAUAUGAUUUUGCGCCAAGGACAAGUGGUGCCCUUAGUACAAACAAGAUGCCAGGUGGAGGAGGAGAAAUUUCUAGAGGAGGAAGGAGACCAAAUAAUUUUAUUGUCCUGGAGGAUAGGGGA